GGUCCAGUAUAGUCACAGGACCAAGGGUCAAGGAGAAGGCGUGGACUAAAGGUUCUCUCUUCAAUCCUCUCCUCUCCUCCCCUCUCCUCCGCAUUCAGCCCAGGUUCAGCAGCUCCGGUGGCAGCAUGACGGUGGGCGCCAGGCUCCGAGAGAAGGCUGAAGGCAGAUACCUUCGCAGGUUCCCGAGGCGGGACAGAGAGGAGGAGGAGGCCUAUAUCCUUCAGCACCCCCAAUUAGAAGACGAGGAGGAGGAAGAAAGGGAGACUGAAGUCCAAGAAAAGCCUCUGCAGCGCCCGGGGCCCCAGGGUGAGGCGAGGGAGGAGAAGGCAGCCCGCUCCAGGAAAGUUCACUUUGCCUUUGUCCCGGAGAGAUACCAACCCCUGGAGGAGCAGACAGCCGGAGAAAAGCCCAAAAAGAAAUAUCGGAAGAAGCUGAAGAAGUAUGGCAAGAAUGUUGGGAAAGUGAUCACCAAAGGAUGCCGGUACUUUGUCAUUGGUUUGCAAGGAUUUGCCUCGGCUUACUCAUCACCUUUUACAGCAACAGCCACCCUCGUUUCCUUGGUUCGCUAGCAAAAGUCACACAGAGGCAGUGUCCUGCUAGAGAACGUUGACCCUGCCACCCUGGGAUCACAAUGAAGCAAGCAUCAUGGACUUUGACCCAGAAACUACUUGGGACUAUAUAGAGAAAAAAAAACACUGUCCUUUCUUGUGGAGGUGGAUGAGAGAUGUUAAUGAAUCAAUCCUUUCCCUGCUUUCUGGUGCUUUUCAUCUUUGGAGUGUCCUGCCAUCAAUGGAAUCCUGAUCAAAGGGAAGCAUGUACUAUGAAGUAUGGGGCCAAAAAGAUAAGUUGGAGUUUCUCUCAGACAAGAUUCUCAGUUAUAGAAAAAUUAGUUUGCUAAAUCCUGUGUCUGUGGCUCAGCAGCCUAAAGGAGACCCACAAGAAAGGUAGAACCCAGGCGGGUGGACUUAAUAGGAAGGAGACUCCCAGUGAAUUAAGAUGGGGAGAAAUUUUGGAUAAGAAUUGAAUGUUUGCUGAUCCUUUCCCAGAGUGAAUCUUGAGUUGACUUACCACUUUUACCGAACACCUAGAAUCAGACGUUUCUAUGCUAUGCAUCCCCACAGCUGCCCUCAUUUGGAGGACCGUCUUCUUUUAUCCUCCGGUUUUUCUGUUGCUGAAAGCUUAGUUACCAUUGUGAAAAACAAUCGGAGGGGGACAAUGAAUUGAGAUAUCUUGAAAGAAGCAUUGAUGAGUUUUGGAUUAUCAUUCAAAUUCAAGAAAUGCCUACGAUAGACUAAAUCUACCUCUUUGGCUUGAAAGGGCUAUUGCCUUUGAAUUAAUGAGUUCAGGUGAGAUCAGAACAAAGCCUGGAGGUUUCAGGAAGGUCAGUCGUUGUUUGACGAGCUCCUUGUUUCAUCAGAAGGUCUGCUCCGGGCAUUUUACCAGUCUAGCCCAGCCAGUUUAAGGCUAGCCCAGGCCAAAAUAAAAACAGAUCCCAUUUGCCAUCCGAUCUUUGCAGAUGAAAUGCCCUACAGGGGAUGCUAAAUCUCCUUUUUGUAUUCUCCCACCAUCUCUACUGGAAGUCACUUAUUUUUACUCUCUGAUGAAGGUAGGAGAGUACAAGCUAAAGACUGAGGUAGUUUGGAUUGGGAACAAGUUGGGGCUGGGUCAGGGCAGGACAGUUAAAACAAGGGGAUGCUGGCUUUCCAUUCUGGAAAUGGGUAAAUUGAAGAAAGUAACAAGGAAGUAGAAGAAAGACAGAGAGUGAAGAGAAGAAGAGAGCAAAGAAGGGAAGAAAAAUGUAAAAGUAAAAGAAAGUAAUGAGAUCAAUGGGGAAAAGGAAGUUAGAAGUAAAGAGUUUGGCUUUAUUAGUAGUAACCGGAAUUUAGAAUUCUGGAAGGAAGGUAGCAGAAAAGUGAAAUUACCAGUUGGUUCUUUUUAAAAAAAAGCCCCAAACCUGAAUUAUAUAUACACACAAACACCUUCAAAGUUAGUGCUUAAAAAGCUGUAGCUUUAUUUUAGCUUGAUUUUAUCUAUGGAAUCAUUUUGGAAUAGGAGCACUAUCCGAUUUGCCAUGGGCCUCACACCUGCCCAGGAAUAGCCUAUUGGCAGCAGUGAGACUGAAAAUACAGGAAUGUUAGAAAAUAAUUUUUUAAAAAUGUCACCCAUACUCAAGUGGGUCUCUUGAACACCAGAUGGAGGCCUCAUCUUUCAGGCUUUUCUGAUCAAUUCCAGCUUGAUGGCAACCUAAAUGAGAGGAAGAAGUAGAGUAAAAAAAAAGAUGAGGACAAUUGGAAACGAAAGGCUAGAAAGGGAGCUUGAUUGCAGGGUAGCUUGAUUUUUCAAAGUCUGAAGCAUUAAUAUUAAUAUUCAUGUUUAAGAUGAGCUUGACCUGAAUACCUAUGUGCAACAUGAAGCCAGCAUCGAAGGUGUUCCUAAAUGGUCAAGUUUUAGCCAAAAUGAUGAAAGGAAACUAGUGCAGGUUAUGAAUUUUCGUACCAAUAAGAUAAUUAGACCCUUGUCAGUCUUGCUUCUUUCCAAGUUCAUCUCUUUUCCCUUUUUUUCUGUUUGUCAAUGAAACUAGGUUUAGAGAUAUGUCAGUCAGAAACUUUGAGUGUCUACUAGGUGCAGGAGAAUUAAAUCAAACGAAUCAAAACUUGGGAGGAGACAGCAAGGUUAUGUGUGGUAUCAUUCACUGGUGUAAAGUAAUGGCAUUUUGUUGAUAACUGCCACCUUCAAGCUGACGAAGGCUACUGAUAGGGGAGAACCCCAGACUGAAGGAGAAUUGUUUAUUCCUUGGGGGCACAAGGCUACCUCCAAUGUUUUCCCUUUCCCUGGUGCUUUUUGGGUGGAACUGUUUCUAAAAGAAGUGAAUGAUGAAAGGUCAGCAUGAUCUGACCCUGACAACUGUAAAGCCUGGUUAAGAAUUAACUCAAAUUGUGAAAGUCAAACUAACCCAGUUUUGUCCUCACGACUAGGUUCAUUUUGAAAGAUUAAUUCCUAUAAUAUUUUUGAGACCAAAGCACUAAUAUUAUUUUCAUUGGAAUUAGUAAGUUGAGUUCUUGAUGUCAGCAUGCUCUGGGUAAUCCCCCUUUUCUGGUUUUCUCCAACCACUGCUGAGAGACUUCUGGAAGUUCUUCCAUUGCUUGUUUAUGAAAGACACAAGGAAAUUUGUUUCUUUUCUAAUCUACAAUGUAAAUAAAAGUUUGGAUUUGUUUAAUGAA